UACGAGCCUCACCACACCCAGAGAUAAAUCUUAUUCAGGCAUUUCUGUGCGGAUCAGCGCAGAGCGCAAAGACGGAGCAGAGCUGCUGAAUUCAGCUUUUUAAUAUUUUUAUCACCUCUAACAGUGGGAGACACGCCUCUCUAGUCAUUUCUACAUCUACUUUUCUUUAUAUUAUCUUUUUUUUUGUAUUCAUUACGCAGAGAAGAACGCGCGGAUAUUUGCUCAUUUCUUUGAUUUGAACCAUUUUAAACGUCUGCUCUGCUUUUAUUAUACCUUCUGAAAGACUUUCUGACUCCUACAGACAGAAAAGAACGAAUCUGACGCCUCUCCUGAGUCGAAACGCGGAGUGGAUUCCUGUUUUUGGAGCGCGUAAAAACGCACGGCGGCUCGCCAUGGCGCACAUGUGCAGGCAGCUCACGGGCAGCGCGGCCAGCUGCGUGGGCUGGGUGGGGGUCAUCGUGGCCACGGCCACCAACGACUGGGUCCGGACCUGCGACUACACGGUGGCGACCUGCGUCCGCAUGGACGAGCUGGGCUCCAGGGGCCUGUGGGCGGAGUGCGUCAUCUCCCCGGCGCUGUAUCACUGCGUGGCGCUGAACCAGAUCCUCACGCUGCCCGCCUACGUGCAAACGUCCCGCGCCCUGAUGAUCUGCGCAUGCCUGCUGGGCCUCCCUGCCAUGCUGCUGGUGCUCAUGUCGAUGCCGUGCGUCCGGCUGCAGAACGACACGGCGGCGGUGAAGCAGCGCCGCGCCCGAGUGGGAGGAGUCCUGUUCCUCAUCAUGGCCGUGUGCGGCAUCAUUUCCACCGUCUGGUUCCCCGUCGGCGCCCACCAGGCCGAGGGUCUCAUGUCCUUCGGCUUCUCGCUGUACGCCGGCUGGGUCGGCUCGGCUCUCUGCCUCCUGGGCGGCUCGGUGAUCCUGUGCUGCCAGGGCCUCGAUCCCGGGACCCCGAGUCGGGAAAACAGCUUCUACUACUCCAGGCAGAGGGGCACCGCCACGCCGCUGGACCCGCCGGCCAACCACGCCAAGAGCGCCAGAGUGUGACGGACUGGGCCUCCGGACCCACGUCCGUCUUUACGUUCAGCCUGUGCAACUUUCAGAGCCACUUGUAAUGAAGAACCGUGCUUUAAAAUCAACAGAUCGGGUGAAAAACAACUUAAUUUAGUACUUCAGUGCUUCGUUGCGGUACCAUCCCACCAGACGUCACACAAGUGCCUCGAACUCCAACUUCACUUCCUGUAUAUACGCUAUUUUACACUUUGCUCUGACAGGAAGGAAAGUUUGCAAAGUGUGAGGUUUUCUGUCUUUUUGUUGUUGUUGUUGGCUUUCUGCCUGGUUUACUGACCUCAAGUGUACAAGACUCAAGUGAACCACGUCCUGUCAGGAGGGCUGAACCAGGCUUUACACCAUUUAUUACUGUCAGCACCAAUAAGCUUCUGUUUAUUCUUUUAAUAGCAGCGUUGUUUGUUUGUUUGUUUGUUAAGCAGAGACCAAACAGGUUUCAUACUAUUGUUGACUCCUCAUAUUAACAGUAUAAUCACUAUAUAUCCGCCUGCAUUGUACGAUUUGUGUCCAGCGCUACGAACAAUAAACGUUUUUACCCAUAAACAGU